AUGCCCUCUUUACCAUCCCUUUGCCAGAUUGCCCUGGUGUUGAUGCUGAGCCUGGGAACCUUCCUGCCUGGAGCCGCUGCUUCCCCCCUGCCUGACUCCUCAGAAGUCUCUGUGGACUUCUCUGGAAAUGCUGGAUUGAGCUUUCCUUCUGGAAAUGAGAAUUUGGAAUCUCUGGCUCUGUUUAUCCAGAGUAUUGCCACUGAACUGCACAAAAAACAAUUGCAUGAUUUUUUUUCCCUGUCUGACCGGAAUAUGAGCUCUCUGCUGCUGUUGCCUCCCAUGGAGCUGCCUCAGAUUAGAAAAGAGGACAAGUGUUUCCAGAGGAGAUUCCGGAAGGAAAAAUGUUUCUCAAAGAUCAUCAAAGGAUUUCAGGAAUACAAAAAAUAUCUGAAGUUUGUGAACCAAUGGAUCAAUGAUGAAAAGCAGCAAGUGGAUAUAAUGCUGAACAGCAUGAAGCUUCUGUCUGACUUCCUCCCACUGGAGAGAAAGACUCGUAGAAGAAUUCCUCAGUGGGAUGAAAGUAACCAGGAGGCUUUGAACCCGGACAUGUCUUUGCAAACAGAAUGGGAUAGGCAAGUGAGAGUUCACGUGAUCCUCAGAAAAUUUGCUUUCUUCAUGGAGAGCACGGUUCGAGCCAUUCGAUUCAUGAAAUCGAUCCCUGGAGCUGUGUAA